AUAGUACUGAUUAAUAUUUGACUGAAGAUUAAACAUCUGUGCAGUUCCUUUCUCCAGGAGACACAGGGUUAAUGCAGUUACAGCAGCUCUGCUGGUUUGGAUACAUUUAUUAUACAGAAACAAUGUCUCACAUGUUACUUGGGAAGAUACAUUUCCGUGGGAGGAGCAGGAGGGGUACAUAAACAGGAAGAAGGACACUAUAAGUGAUCACAGUGUGUGGUGUAAGGAUGGCAGCAGUAGAUUAUUAGAGCAAUAUGCAGUGGAGGCACAGUUUGGGGAUCUGGGUAUUUGCCACAGCUGCAGCCCUGCUUGUGUUACAUUGCUGGCACUGCCAUCUAAAAUCACAGACCUGGCAUAAACCCAUCUAUUAUUACUUAUGGGAAGAAGCCGAACAACUCUACAAGUUGGACGCCAACUGGCCCAAAAAUGGAGAAUUAUUUUCUGGUGUAGCCUACGGUGUGGCAGUUGACCCCUCGAAUUCAUUAGUUUAUGUAGUACAGAGAGGGGCAAAUGUAUCCAAAGUGCUGGUUUUUACAGAAGAAGGAUAUUUUAAGGAGCAUUGGAAUACAAACACCAUUGAGAUGCCUCAUGGGAUAUUCGCAGUGAGCACUAAUACAGAGCAGUCCAUAUGGAUAACAGAUGUGGGCUCAGGAUUGUAUGGGCACACAGUAAAAAAGUAUACACCCUCUGGAAAUCUUGUUCAAGUCCUUGGAAUACCAGGAAAGGCAGGUUCAGGCCUGAAUCCACUUCAGUUUGAUCAACCUGCAGACAUUUUUGUUGAGAAAACAGGCGAGAUUUACAUUGUGGACGGAGAUGGUGGACUGAAUAACAGGCUUCUCAAACUCACAGACAAUUUCUGGGUGCAGUGGAUCCUGGGUGGCAAUGGUACAAAUCCUGGACAGUUCUAUAUUCCACACAGUGUAGUGUUGGAUGAACAACGACGAGUGUGGGUUGCAGAUCGAGGUAAUAAAAGGAUACAGGCAUUUGAUAAAAUCUCAGGAGAAUGGAUCGGUACUUGGACCACCUGUUUCCUAGACGAUGGCCCCUAUUCAGUCCGGUUAACCGCUGAUAAGAAGUACCUUAUUGUGGCUCAGCUAAACCUAAGCCGCGUGCUGUUACUAUCCAUGCCUCCUAUAGGGGGAAUUGGGGAGUGUCAAGUUAUAAGCACUAUUCAGAUGGCAGAUGGAGUUCGGCCACAUCUUGUAGAUGUGAAUGUAAAAACUGGUUCUAUUUAUGUUGCGGAACUCGGUGCUCAGCAAGUACAAAAAUAUGUGCCUUUUCUAAAAUAAUC